UUCAUUCUUGAUGACACGGUCAUCGGCUCUGAUCCGCGCCAGACUGCAUCUUGACGCUGGAUGCGGAUCCCUUCAACUUGUCGGUCUCGGACCACACUUUCUCCCACCGCAUUAUUUUUCACGCGCUCUGUCAUCAAUUCGUCUUGUGCUACCCAAUUAAACCCGAUUCAACAAUUGGCCGCCGGAUGUUUAACCAUCUUCUCGCCCGUGCCCAGGCGAGGCUUCGGGCUUUACCGCUCCAAGGGCUCUGCAAGGUGCUCGUCACGAGUGGGCAACAUCCUGAUCAUCCUUUGCGGUAACGUAGCAAAGUAAAGUCCCACUUUUUCUGGAGACGCUGUCGUCUCUGACAGGUGUGCGUCUGCAUACGCAAAAGUGCGCGUUUGCCACCCGGUGCGAAACAAGCGUUGUGAGUCCGUGCUCCACUAUUUGGCCGGCUUCGUGGAACAUGUGGAGCUGGGACGCAUGCAACAGAAAGCUGUAACAUGAGGAGGAGCCGACACCGCGCAAGUAUGGGACUUCCUGUGCUUUGCAGAUGGCUUGUAUUCAUAGCGGUGGUGCCUGUCUGGCUGCUGGCUGCUCCGAACCCCAUGCGUGAGCGUCCCUGCCCGCAGAGUUGCAGAUGCGACGGCAAAAUAAUCUACUGCGAAUCCAAUGCUUUCCGUGAUGUGCCGAGCAAUGUGUCAGUGGGAACGCAGGGCCUGUCGCUGCGGUACAACAGCCUGAUGAACCUGAGAGCCCACCAGUUUGCAGGCCUCGGUCAACUGGUUUGGCUGUACCUCGAUCACAACUACAUCGGUUCCGUGGAUGGCCAAGCGUUCCACGGCAUACGCAGACUUAAAGAACUAAUUCUCAGCUCCAAUAAGAUCACCCUGCUCAAGAACAACACUUUCCAUGACGUUCCCAACUUGCGAAAUCUUGACCUUUCCUACAAUAAACUGCAGGUACUCCAACCCAAUCAAUUUGUGGGCCUACGGAAGCUACUCAGUUUGCACUUGAGGUCAAAUUCUUUAAAAACUGUCCCAAUGCGAGUCUUCCUUGACUGUCGCAACCUGGAAUUCUUAGAUAUUGGCUACAACAGGCUAAGGAGCCUCACGCGUAACGCCUUCGCUGGACUCUUUAAGCUGGUCGAGCUGCAUUUGGAACACAACCAGUUUUCCAAGAUCAACUUUGCUCAUUUCCCCCGCCUGACUAAUCUGAGGGCACUUUAUUUGCAAUGGAACCGCAUCAAACUGCUGACCCAGGGCCUGUCAUGGAUGUGGACUUCCCUGCAAAAGCUAGACCUGUCCGGAAACGAGCUCCAGAUGUUGGACCCCAGCACGUUUCAAUGCCUGCCCAACCUCCAGACCCUCAACUUGGACUCCAACAAACUGAACAAUGUGUCUCAACAGACUGUCGAGACUUGGAUCUCCCUCACCACCGUCAGUCUGGCUGGUAAUCUGUGGCACUGUAACCCCAACAUAUGCCCCCUAGUGGACUGGCUCAAGGCUUUCAAGGGAAACAAGGAGUCCACUAUGAUUUGCACGGGCCCUAAGGAGGCACAAGGAGAAAAAGUCACCGACGUGGUGGAGACUUACAACAUUUGCACAGUAACGCCAAGCCCCAUUACCUCAACAAGGGCGCCUCUCACCUCUGCAUUUCAAACAGAACCGCUUCCCCUUCCCACACGGCCCGAAGUGGACAAGAAGCUGGCGGACAACAGGACAGUCUCUCCUACUCCUUCGCAGGCCUCUCCUACCAUCCCUUUACCAGACUCUGAGUACGUGUCCUUCCAUAAGAUCAUCGCGGGUACUGUGGCCCUCCUCCUGUCCGUGGCUAUAAUCCUACUUGUUAUCUAUGUUUCGUGGAAGCGCUAUCCCAGCAGCAUCAAGCAGCUUCAGCAACGCUCCACGGUUAAAAAGCGGCAGAAAAAGGCUCGGGAGACUGAGCGCUCCUUUAAUUCGCCACUGCAAGAGUAUUACGUGGACUACAAGCCUUCACACUCCGAGACAAUGGAUGUGCUGGUUAAUGGGACAGGACCUUACACAUACACCAUCUCAGGCUCCAGGGAAUGCGAGAUUCCGCUGCAGUUGAGAGCCCUGACGUACACUUGUGAGCCGUCAGUGCUGGACUACUGCCGCGCUCACCUGCACGUCGACCUGGAGCCCCACAUUCCGGAGAUGGAUGGUCUGAGGCCAAGCAGGUACCAACGGGGCCCAAUGUCCGCCCUUCCCCCAUACCGAUUCCCUCCACCAGUGAGCAGCACACAUUAUUAAAUAGUCGACGGACUUUUUCAAACAAAAACGCAGACUGUGUUGAAGGGAAGUGGUGGAAAUGGUGAAGAAGCAACGGAGACAGUCGAUCUUCUGGAGAGCAUUCAGGAUGCAGGGUAAUGAGAAUGACAUAUUUCUCUGUGGGAAUACAGUGUAAGGGUGCAGUCGUAUUGAUUGACGAGCUUCUGACCCGCCGAAGCCUCGAUAUCCUCAAUUAGCCAAGGAGGCUGAACAGCAGCUUGACUCUCAAUGUUCCGCUCUGCUUGUUGAGGAGUUUGAGAGGUAAUACAUGGAUGAUUUGUUAAUCCUAUUAAGCAUUCUGUAUUUUCAUCCCUUCUCCUCGUCUGGGUACCUUUGCUGUGUCGGGUAAAAUAAUCUAAUGGAAAAAGUUAUCAACGGAGCAAGGAAACUGAAGGAAGGACUGCCGAUUCCAAGUUUUCUGCUGCUUAUUUUUUUUUUGGAGGGGGGGGGGAUAUUAUUCUGAUUACUAUUGCCAGUCCGAUGUCCCUGUAGAAUUUUCAUUUGUACUGAACUAACCAACUCAAGUGAGUAUAGAAGUGAUAGAGCACACACAAAAAGUCGACAUCCACACACCCUGCCAGAAAAUGGAAUACGGAUUUUUGAUUUUCUUCAUGAUUUGUGAAGUCCAUUGCAUUAUGAUUAACUGCGCAGAGACAUAAGCAUAUAAAAAAUGAACAGUAAGGCCAGAUCUUGUCUCAUUUGAACACGUAUAGUAUAUUGAGCCAGCUUUUCAUCAUCCAUAUAAUGCAUUCCUGUAUGAAAUGUUUAUUUUUCCUGCUCAGAUGUGCUCUUAUCGUGUUCUCAAAUAUCUACAUGCGUGAACUUUUUACAGGAUGUUACAUAUUAUAUGGAAAAUAAACUGUGGUAAAUCACUUGC